AUGCCAGCCAUCCUGGUCGCCUCCAAAAUGAAAUCGGGACUGCCGAAACCUGUGCACAGUGCCGCACCGAUCCUGCAUGUGCCCAUGGCCAGGGCUGGUCCCCAACCUUGCUACCUCAAGUUUGGGAGCAAGGUGGAGGUGACCAAGCCCGUUUAUUCGAGCCAGAUACCCCUGAAAUCUCAGGGGCUGCAUGAGCCUGCGGGGGAUGGGCUCCCCCUGAGGAAGAGCAGCUCUGUGGAAAACGGAUUUGACACCCAGAUCUACACAGACUGGGCCAAUCACUAUCUAGCAAAAUCAGGUCACAAACGCUUAAUCAAGGAUCUCCAGCAAGAUGUAACCGACGGCGUCUUAUUGGCUGAGAUCAUCCAGGUUGUAGCAAAUGAAAAGAUUGAAGACAUCAAUGGCUGUCCAAAGAAUAGAUCUCAAAUGAUUGAAAACAUAGAUGCCUGCCUGAAUUUCCUGGCAGCUAAGGGAAUAAACAUACAGGGUCUGUCUGCAGAAGAAAUCCGGAAUGGAAACCUGAAGGCCAUUUUAGGCCUUUUUUUCAGCCUGUCCAGAUACAAGCAACAGCAACAGCAGCCCCAGAAACAGCAUCACUCAUCUCAGCCAGCCCCCACGGCAGUGGUUUCACAGCUGGCAACAUCUCCCUACCAGUGUCAGGUCGGGGCACAGCAGCCUCAGCAACAGGUGCCGGCUACCCCCCAAACCCAGUGCCAGCCGCACCCACCAGCUUGCCAUCAGCCAUCAAAAGCACAGCCAGAAAUGCAGUCCAGUGCACCAUCCAGGGACCCAUCUCAAAGCAAACUCAUCCGGUUCACUCUGGGUCAGAAAAAAAUCUCUAGACUCCCAGGUCCUACCGCGAGGGUAUCAGCUGCAGGCAGCGAAGCCAAAACUCGUGGGUCUGUUAGUGCCAACAACCGGCGAAGCCAGAGCUUUAACAACUAUGACAAAUCCAAGCCUGUUAACUCCCCACCCCUACCGCCAAGCAAUGAGCAAGAGCCAUCAGAAAGCCCCACCUCCUUACUCCCAGGGAUGAAUGAAAAUGCACCUGCCUCAUUUCAGAGCAGUAGCAGUCCCACUUCCGUUCACUGCAACAACUCUUCAGCCAUCCCCCAGCCAGGCUCAGCUGCCAAACCCUGGCGAAGCAAAUCCCUUAGUGCUAAGCACACCGCCACUUCUUCCAUGCUCUCUGUCAAACAGCCAGUGCCAGAGACACCCAGACCCCCUCCAGAAAACAUCAAGCCAGCACCCAACAACCAGAAAUCGAUGCUAGAAAAGUUGAAGCUCUUCAAUAGCAAAGGGGCAGCCAAGACAGGAGAGGGUCCAGGCUCUCGAGACACCAGCUGUGAGAGGUUGGAGAUGCUUCCUAGCUUUGAGGAGAGUGAGGAGAUUGAGGCUGCCAGUCGAAAUGUCCCCGCUACCGGUCCAGCAUCCAACAGCCCCAAAAUCGCUCUCAAAGGGAUUGCACAGAGGACAUUCAGUAGGGCUCUGACCAAUAAGAAGAGUUCCCCCAAGAGCAAUGAGAAAGAAAAGGAGAAGCAACAACGGGAGAAGGAAAAGGAGAAGAGCAAGGAUACUAUCAAGAGAACAUCUGUCACGGAGAAGCCAGAAAUAAAAGAGGAGCCAAAAGAAGAACAAACAGGAACCACUACCACAGAGAUGCCAAAAAAGUCAUCAAAGAUCGCAAGCUUUAUACCCAAAGGAGGAAAGCUCAAUAGUGCCAAGAAGGAGGUGCCCCCAACCUCCUCCUCGCACAGCGGAAUACCAAAACCAGGGAUGAAAACCACACCUGGGAAAUCCCCAAGUGCCCCACUACCUUCAAAGGAAGGGGAGAGAAGCCGUAGCGGGAAGCCUAGCUCAGGGCUGUCUCAUCAGAAGACUCCACUGGACAGUAGGCGCUCCAGUUCCUCCUCUAGCUUAGCCUCCUCUGAAGGAAAAGGGCUCGGAGGAAUGGUGACCUUGAAUAGCAGCCAGACUGUCAGUGGGCCAACCGGUACCACCCAGACCACAGGAAGCAAUACUGUCAGUGUUCAGCUACCUCAGCCCCAACAGCAAUACAACCAUCCCAACACUGCAACAGUAGCUCCUUUCAUGUACAGGUCACAGACAGACAAUGAAGGGAAUGUCACCACAGAGCCCAGCACAGCAGGAGUGAACAUGGAGCCAGUGCUGUACACCAAGAGUGGACAAUCGGGUCUAGAAGAGCUCUCUGGAGAAGAUCCUGAGACCCGACGACUACGAACUGUGAAGAACAUUGCUGACUUGAGACAAAACUUGGAAGAGACCAUGUCCAGUUUACGAGGAACUCAGGUUACACACAGCACAUUGGAAACCACAUUUGACACCAAUGUCACCACUGAAAUAAGUGGGCGUAGCAUCCUCAGUUUGACAGGAAGACCUACUCCUUUGUCUUGGAGAAUUGGACAGUCUAGCCCUCGGCUUCAAGCAGGUGAUGCACCCUCGAUGGGCAAUGGGUACCCACCAAGAGCCAAUGCAAGCCGUUUCAUCAACACUGAGUCAGGUCGUUACAUGUACUCGGCCCCCCUGAGAAGGCAGCUAGCAUCCAGGGGCAGCAAUGUUUGCCACGUGGACAUCUCAGAUAAGGGGGGAGAUGAAAUAGACCUGGAAAGCAUCAGCAUGGACGCCACAGGCUACAUGAGUGAUGGUGAUGUUCUAGGCAAGAAUAUCAGGACCGAUGACAUUACCAGCGGGUACAUGACUGAUGGUGGACUGGGUCUCUAUACUCGGAGACUGAAUCGGCUGCCUGAUGGAAUGGCUGUGGUGCGAGAGACACUUCAACGCAACACCUCACUGGGUCUUGUAGAUGCUGACAGUUGGGAUGACAGCAGCUCUGUCAGCAGUGGGAUCAGCGACACUAUAGACAAUCUCAGCACUGAUGAUAUCAACACCAGUUCCUCCAUCAGCUCCUAUGCCAAUACUCCAGCCUCAUCGAGAAAAAACUUAGAUGUACAGACGGACACCGAGAAGCAUUCACAAGUGGAGCGGAAUUCUCUUUGGUCUGGUGAUGAUAUCAAGAAAUCAGACGGGGGAUCUGAUAGUGGCAUAAAGAUGGAACCUGGGUCCAAGUGGCGGCGGAAUCCCUCCGACGUGUCUGAUGAGUCUGACAAGAGCACCUCAGGGCGAAAGAACACAGUCAUCUCCCAGACAGGCUCAUGGCGGCGGGGCAUGUCGGCCCAGGUUGGCAUCACCAUGCCGAGGACGAAGACUUCUGCCACAGUGGGCACCCUGAAGACUCCAGGGACAGGAAAAACAGAUGAUGCCAAGGUAUCAGAGAAAGGAAGGCUUUCCCCUAAAACCACACAGGUGAAACGCUCCCCAUCAGACGCAGGGCGGAGCAGUGGUGACGAAUCCAAAAAGCCUCUUCCCAGUAGUGCCAGGACGGCUACCGCCAACACCAAUGCCUUUGGGUUUAAGAAACAGAGCGGCUCCACAAUUGGGCUGACAAUGAUCACAGCCAGCGGAGCCACCAUAACCAGUAGAUCAGCCACCCUGGGCAAGAUUCCAAAGUCCUCUGGGCUGGUGGGAAGGUCCACCAGUCGAAAGACAAGUAUGGAUGGGGCCCAGAACCAAGACGAUGGCUACCUAGCCCUAAGCACGCGGACAAAUCUGCAGUACAGGAGUCUGCCUCGUCCCAGUAAGUCCAGUAGCCGGAACGGGGCCGGUAAUAGAUCCAGUACCAGUAGCAUAGAUUCCAACGUGAGCAGCAAAUCAGCAGGCCUACCUGUGCCUAAACUGAGGGAGCCUUCCAAGGCAGCCUUGGGGAGCUCUCUGCCAGGACUCAUCAAUCAGACGGAUAAAGAAAAGGGAAUCUCCUCCGACAAUGAGAGUGUAGCUUCUUGUAACUCGGUUAAAGUGAACCCAGCAUCCCAGCCAGCAUCCAGUGUGGCUCCAGCCACUCUUCAGCAAGGAGCCAAGUACCCAGAUGUAGCAUCUCCCACACUACGAAGACUCUUUGGUGGAAAGCCUGCUAAACAAGUGUCCAUCACCACAGCUGAAAAUAUGAAAAAUUCAGUGGUCAUCUCUAAUCCUCAUGCUACUAUGACCCAGCAAGGCAACUUAGAGUCCCCCUCUGGCAGUGGCAUUCUGAGCAGCGGGAGCAGCAGCCCACUGUACAGUAAGAAUGCCGACAUGAACCAGUCUCCAUUAGCCUCUAGCCCCAGCUCAGCCCAUUCUGCUCCUUCCAAUAGUCUCACGUGGGGCACCAAUGCUAGCAGCUCUUCGGCAGUGAGCAAGGACGGCCUUGGAUACCAGUCCAUUAGCAGCCUUCAUACCAGCUGUGAAUCCAUUGACAUCUCCCUCAGCAGCGGAGGGGGACUGAGUCACAAUUCUUCCACUGGCUUGAUCUCCUCCAAGGAUGAUUCCCUCACUCCCUUUAUAAGAACCAACAGUGUUAAGACUACACUGUCAGAAAGCCCUCUCUCUUCCCCUGCUGCUAGCCCUAAGUUCUGCAGAAAUACUUUACCCAGGAAACAGGACAGUGACCCGCACCUUGAUAGGAACACUUUGCCUAAGAAAGGACUCAGGUACACCCCCACCUCCCAACUUCGAACUCAAGAAGAUGCAAAAGAGUGGUUGCGGUCCCACUCAGCAGGCGGCUUGCAAGACACGGCAACCAAUUCCCCCUUUUCCUCAGGCUCCAGUGUGACUUCCCCCUCUGGGACAAGGUUUAAUUUCUCCCAACUUGCGAGUCCCACCACGGCCACCCAAAUGAGCCUGUCCAACCCAACCAUGCUGAGGACCCACAGCCUUUCCAAUGCAGAUGGACCUUAUGAUCCCUAUACUGACACCCGCUUCCGGAAUAGCUCCAUGUCCUUGGAUGAGAAGAGCCGGACCAUGAGCCGCUCGGGCUCUUUCCGAGAUGGCUUUGAAGAAGUUCAUGGAUCUUCCCUGUCCUUGGUUUCCAGUACAUCAUCCAUUUAUUCCACACCAGAAGAAAAAUGCCAAUCAGAGAUUCGAAAGCUACGGAGGGAAUUGGAUGCAUCCCAGGAGAAGGUUUCAGCCUUGACUACUCAACUGACUGCUAAUGCUCACCUUGUAGCUGCCUUUGAGCAAAGCCUUGGGAAUAUGACCAUCAGACUUCAGAGUCUAACCAUGACAGCCGAACAGAAGGAUUCCGAACUGAAUGAGUUAAGAAAAACAAUUGAGCUUCUAAAGAAACAAAAUGCUGCUGCUCAGGCUGCCAUUAAUGGAGUAAUUAACACACCUGAGCUCAACUGCAAAGGCAAUGGUACUUCGCAGUCUGCUGACCUCCGUAUCCGAAGACAACACUCCUCAGAUAGUGUCUCCAGCAUCAACAGUGCCACCAGUCACUCUAGUGUGGGGAGCAACAUAGAGAGUGAUUCAAAGAAAAAGAAGAGGAAGAACUGGGUCAAUGAGUUACGAAGUUCCUUCAAGCAAGCUUUUGGCAAGAAGAAGUCCCCCAAGUCAGCUUCCUCCCAUUCCGACAUUGAGGAGAUGACAGAUUCUUCUUUGCCUUCCUCACCAAAGUUGCCACACAAUGGCUCGACGGGCUCAACACCACUCCUGAGGAAUUCGCAUUCAAACUCUCUCAUUUCUGAAUGUACAGAUAGUGAGGCAGAGACAGUGAUGCAGUUACGAAAUGAGCUGAGAGACAAGGAGAUGAAGCUCACUGAUAUCCGCCUCGAAGCUCUCAGCUCAGCCCACCAGCUCGACCAGCUCCGAGAGGCCAUGAACAGAAUGCAGAGUGAAAUCGAGAAGUUAAAAGCUGAGAACGACAGGCUUAAAUCUGAGAACCAUGGCGGCAGCUGCAGCCGGGUUCCAUCCCAGGUGUCCAUCUCAUCUUCCCCGAGGCAGUCCUUGGGCCUCUCUCAACACAGCCUGAACCUCACCGAGUCAACCAGUCUGGACAUGUUGCUGGAUGACACUGGUGAAUGCUCGGCACGGAAAGAAGGAGGCAGGCAUGUUAAGAUAGUUGUCAGCUUACAGGAUGAAAUGAAAUGGAAGGAGGAUUCCAGGCCACACCUCUUUCUUAUUGGCUGCAUUGGAGUCAGUGGCAAGACCAAGUGGGAUGUGCUGGAUGGGGUGGUUAGACGGCUCUUCAAAGAAUACAUCAUUCAUGUGGAUCCAGCAAGUCAGCUGGGCCUGAAUUCAGACAGUGUUCUAGGCUACAGCAUUGGGGAAAUCAAAAGGACCAACACUCCAGAGACUCCUGAGCUACUACCCUGUGGCUAUUUGGUUGGAGAGAAUAACACCAUCUCAGUUUCUAUCAAAGGCCUCUCUGAAAACAGCCUGGACUGUCUGGUCUUUGAAUCCCUUAUCCCCAAACCCAUCCUUCAGCGGUACGUCACCCUUCUGACAGAGCACAGGCGGAUCAUCCUCUCUGGACCCAGUGGAACUGGAAAAACAUACCUGGCUAACCGUCUAUCUGAGUACAUGGUCCUCCGAGAGGGACGGAAGUUGGUAGAUGGAGUCAUUUCCACCUUCAAUGUAGACCAUAAAUCUAGCAAGGAACUCCGCCAGUACCUGUCUAACCUUGCCGAUCAGUGCAACAGCGAAAACAGCCCUGUGGAUAUGCCUCUAGUCAUCAUUCUGGACAACCUCCAUCAUGUCAGCUCCUUGGGUGAGAUCUUCAAUGGGCUUCUGAACUGCAAGUACCAUAAAUGUCCUUAUAUAAUUGGCACAAUGAACCAGGCUACCUCUUCUACCCCCAAUCUACAGCUUCACCAUAAUUUCAGAUGGGUGCUGUGUGCCAACCACACUGAGCCUGUAAAGGGUUUUCUUAGCCGUUUCCUGAGGAGGAAGCUCAUUGAAACAGAAAUCAGUGGACGUGUGCGGAAUGCUGAGCUUGUGAAAAUCAUUGAUUGGAUCCCGAAGGUCUGGCAACAUCUCAACCGCUUCCUGGAGGCUCAUAGCUCUUCAGACGUCACUAUUGGUCCUAGGCUCUUCCUGUCCUGCCCCAUAGAUGUGGAUGGUUCGAGGGUUUGGUUUACAGACUUGUGGAACUACUCGAUUAUCCCCUAUCUCCUGGAAGCAGUCAGAGAAGGACUACAGCUAUAUGGAAGGAGAGCCCCUUGGGAAGAUCCUGCUAAAUGGGUCAUGGAUACUUAUCCAUGGGCAGCCACCCCUCAGCAACAUGAGUGGCCUCCUUUGCUACAACUUCGACCUGAAGAUGUUGGGUUUGAUGGCUACUCUGUGCCCCGGGAAGGUUCAACAAGUAAACAGGUUCCUCCAAGUGGUGCAGAAGGAGAUCCGUUGAUGAACAUGCUGAUGAGGCUACAAGAAGCAGCCAACUACUCAAGCCCCCAGAGCUACGACAGCGAUUCCAACAGCAAUAGCCAUCAGGAUGACAUCUUGGACUCCUCCCUGGAGUCCACUUUGUGAUCAGGGACCAAACACAAAGGCCCUUUCCACCCUGGACCUUCUCCACUUCUCGUGCUUCUGCCCCCCUUCCACCUCCCACUUCCAUCUGCAAACCCCAAACCAUCCCGAAGGCACCCUCUCCUCCCAGCCUUCAGUCUCAGUGUUAGAGCUGUGAGAACAAGACACCUUGUUUGUCAGCCUUGACCAUGGGUGCGGGCAUCCAAGUCAGACAACCGUGGGACUUUUUCCUUUCAACGACAGGGACAACUGCACUGUUUCCAUUCUUUUCUCUUUCUCUCCUCCCUCCUGCCUUCCUUUCUCCUUCUUUCCUUUGCUUCUUUCUCUGUGAGCUCCUAUGCCUGAGACCCCGAAGAUUCUUCUGGAUUAUUAUUACCCAAGUGUGGAAGACAAACCCAACACACAAGGGGUUAGGAAAAUCCACUGAAAACUCAGAAACUCAACAACCUCAGGCUGUGAACUGUGUGGAGAGUUAAAGGGGCUCGGAACGGGGGGCAGAAAAUCAAGCCUCUGCUGCUUUCUACCAAACAAAGAGCCUCUGGGCUGGGCACGAGCUCAGCCCCACCAAACAACCUCAGCUCCAGAGGGCUGGCGCCAUGUAGGGCACUUGCCUUGCUGAUAGUCAACAAAAGGCAGAACUACAGGACAGGGAAGCCUUUUUUAAAAAAAAAAAAAAAAAGAAAUUAUGUUUUUUUUUUAAAUGGUGCUCUCUUUGCCUGAGACCUUAGUUUGAUAUGUUUCAAUUCUGUCACA